AUGACUUACAACACAGCUGCUAAGAGUCCUGGUCAUCAAAACUAUGGGAAAUGUACAUACUACAGCGAUUACCUUGCUCUUGUGCAUAUCAUAUCAGGCAAGGCCCUCGACAGGACCAGGUGGGUGCUGAGGGUUGAGUUUGACAAGCUUGUGUGGGUGCCAUACACUCAAUGGGACCACAUCUGGUCAACCAGAAAAAUGGACACAUCCACAUGGAAGGCACUUCCUUCUGGGACAAAAGGAGGCCCAUUGGUUGGCAUCAACCUGAGGUGCACCCAGGAACAGGUCACCCUGUGGGUGUUUGAGCAGCCUCAUGAGGGUGACCAGCUUGUGGCAGACUCUGAGGGGGAGAUGGAGGAUUGA